AUGGAAGGAGAUGGAGGUGAUACUUUAAAGACCUUUUCAGGGAUUCCGGAAGCUGUUUUUGUUGAUAAUGUUGAUGAGUUUAUGAAUUUGCCUGAAAACUCUGGAGGUGUUGAAAAAGUAUUAAGGAAACUUGAUGAACAACAUUCAAAAUAUAAAUUUAUGGAAUAUACCUUAGCUUCUAAAAGAAGACGUUUAAGGCAGCAAAUACCAGAUCUAGCUAGAUCAUUGGAAAUGAUAGAAAAGUUGAAAACUCAAAAGGAAGAAAUGGGAACUCAGUUUCUUUUAAGUGACCAAGUUUUUGUAAAGGCUAAUAUUGCACCAACAAAAACAGUCUGCUUGUGGCUUGGAGCUAAUGUUAUGCUAGAAUAUUCCCUUGAAGAUGCUGAAAAAUUACUUACAACAAAUAUGGCCACUGCAAAGAAAAACUUGUCUUGUGUGGAACAUGAUUUAGACUUCUUACGGGAUCAGUGGACAACAACUGAAGUAAAUAUGGCCAGAGUUUACAACUGGGAUGUUAAGAGGCGUCAAGCUGCUAAAGCCUCAAGCUAA